AUGAAUAACGACAAAAUGAACACGCGAGAAUAUCGGGAAAAGUUAAUAGACGAAGUGAAGAAGUACCCCGUGCUGUACGACACGCGUCAUGAGAACCAUCGAGAUAUCGACGUCAGGGACCGGUGUUGGCUUGAGAUAUCGGAACGACUCGGAGCCAAUUGUGAAGUACUGAAGCGUGAAUGGAAAAUCCUUCGCGACUCCCUGCGACAAUCUUUGAAGAAGAGUAACAAAGGAACAACGACGAAGGCGGGAGCUCCGUGCAAAAAGUGGCGUUUUCAGAGCAGGAUGGCGUUCGUACUUCCCUACAUGACCAUGAGACGGACCCGACGCGGCAUAAAAGACGACAUAAAGAUCGACGAAUCGGAACUCCAAUCCGACCAAGAGCUAGAACCAGAAACCUGGGACCCUGGGAACGAUCAAGACUCGCUGGACCUGUUCUUCGCCAGCGUCUGUCAAAGCACCAAAAGACUUCCCAAACGAAUGCAAGGCCUGGUCAAGCGCCAAGUGCUGGAUGUGCUGUUGAGGGUGGAGGAGCAGUGGGAAAAUGCGGAGACUAAAGUCGCGAUACAGUGA